AUGCCUGUGGAGGGUAUGACAGUGGGCGAGCUCGCAGAAAAGAUCAGAAAGCCCGUUGCCGGGAUUAUCACCUACUUCUUUGCAGAGAAGGGCAAGCCCCUGACCAUCAACGACUUCCUGGAAAAGGAGCUGAUCGCAGAGGUCUGCGACAUGUACGAGCUCGAGUACAUCUUCGAUGAUGAGAAGACCACCACAGCGGGAGACCGAGGAUUCCUCGCAGAAGAGCACCAGGGUGAGACGGAGUCCCGGCCACCGGUGGUGACUGUCAUGGGGCAUGUGGAUCACGGGAAGACCACCCUCCUCGAUACCCUCCGGAAGCGGAGUGUGGCUGCCUCGGAGGCAGGCGGCAUCACCCAGAGGAUCGGAGCUUACACCGUGGAGUUGGACGGGCAGAAGAUUACCUUUAUCGACACGCCUGGCCAUGAGGCGUUCACGGCCAUGCGUGCGAGAGGAGCGCAGGUGACAGACAUCGCGGUGCUGGUUGUGGCUGCAGACGACGGCGUCAUGCCCCAGACACGGGAGGCUAUCGCCCAUGCCAAGGCAGCCGAG